UCAUUCAUUCAACUUGAUAUCCUCGAAAAAUGAUAUUUUGUGUAAAUGUCUCCAUUGUUUGUGACAGCGUUUUGAAGCCAGUGUUUUGAAGAUAGCAUGAAAAAAAAACUUUAAAAACAAAAGCAUGUUAAAUGGUUUAUUUCAGUAGUGAUACUUUAACAUGGAACACUUAUAAAUGUAGGAUUUGGUGUCAUUUCCAUAGUGAAUGCCUAUGGACAAGAUUGUGAAUAAGUGGACUACCACAUUUUUAUACCUUCCACCUAUUUUCCUCUUAAUGUUCUUAAUUCAUGUAGUUUAUAAAUGAGAAUGAAUUCUGUCUUUCUCAUUGUACUAAGUUAGCAAAAGACUUCUUCUCAGAAUUCUCUGUAGAUCAGAUCUAUAAAAGGCUGUUGCUGGUUGUCAGAAGUUUUUUUCUGUCUGGAUUCUGCCUCCAUGUUCCUCAACUUGAUGACCUCGAAAUAUCUCACUUCAUUUCUGACCUAUUUAAAGCAUAAUUAUUUAUUAAAGUUGGGUGCUGGUGGAAGAUCGGUAAAUGUCUGACCAAAAAAACGUGUGUCAAACUUCACUAAGAUCUAUAUCAAUGACCAAUAUGGAGUCUAAUGCAACACUGCAGGCCAUUGUUCAAAACCAAUAAAAUAUGACAGGAAAUGAAAUGUCUUUACAACUAUUAUAAGUGGCAUUUGUGAAAUAGGCAGUUACAUGUUUACCACAAAAUGUCUAUGUAUGGUUUUAGCGGUGCAGUCAUGUGAAGUGUGGCUCUCCAAGUAGGAUAUUGGGGUUCCUGGCUUUAUGAAGCAAAUAUCUCACAUGCUCAAGUCCUAGGCCAGUAGUUGGAAUUUACUCAUUUGGUGUGCUGAGAAAUUCAACCCCAGUCAGGGACUAACCUAAUCUGGAACUAAUGACUACUUCCAUAUUCUAAGUAUAAUAUUUCAGUAUAGCUCAUCAUACCAGUUGGUUAGCAUCUUGUUUGCUGGGACCUUUUGAGUGUUAAUUUCAACAUUUUUCUAGUAUAGUGUUGUAUUUUCUGGUAUUUUACAUGUAAAUAAAAUAUGCAAUUGUGUGAGUAUACUUCAUAUAUUCUACUGUAUUCAGAUAUACCAUCACUAGGGGGGAGCAGACAAUGUUACUGACACUUUGUGAGGCAGAAAUGUAGUUAUUGAGUACUUUUAAAGUAUAUUUUGUUGAUUAUGCUAUUACAGUUGUUCCAACUUUUUUGAAAAAGAGUAUUUCCCUAUCCAACUUAUUAGAUGCUUCAAAAACAUUUUUAAACAAUCAGAAGAAAGAGUCACUAAAUUCAGUGAGCUACUGGAAAUAAACUUCCUAGGAACUAUUUUCUUCAUUCCAAGUCAUCAGAGGAGGUUAUAUAAGAACAGGAAUGGGAACCAUGCCUCAGUGCAUAGGCCACAGUGACUUUGUGUUGCAAGGCAAAAUAUUCUCCUGGUAACUUUGAGGACUGAUGUUACAUUUGGUAACUAGGAAAAUAUCGUGCAAUGGGAAGGAAAAGAAAAGGCUAACUCUUUCCUGGUUAUAUUAUUUCUUUGAGUGAGGAAGAAGAAAGGUAUUGGAUGGUAAAUAUCCAUUGUGCCCUUUUUAAGACAGUGUCAGCAUUACUGAUAUUCUCUGAAAAAGUUGAAAUGAAUCAUCAUUGAGGUACCCAAAAAGUAAAGGAAAACAAGGAAAGAAGCAUAAAACUUUAGUCAGUGUGUUUCUAAUUAAUAAGAAUUCAAAAUUACUGUACCAUAAGAUCGUUCAGACCAAGUCUGUGUUACACUCAUCUUUCUAUUACUAGUGCGGAAUAAUUAUGUUGACAAUUUAUGUGCCGAAUAUAUGUGAUUUCCCUAAAACCUGGGAUAAUGAAGUUUCUGGUGGUGCAAACUAAGUAUUAUUAAAUAUAUAGACAUAAAAAAUGUUCCAGUCAAGCACACGAUUGUAUUCGAAACGCCUGUAACUGCUUAGACUGAAGGGGCAGAGGCUGCAGUUUCCUACCGCGGGCUCCGGGCGCCGCUGUUGGCCCGAGUGCAGAGCUUGGAGGGCGACCGCCUCGCGCAGCCGCAGCUCACUUUCCUCCUCUCAGACUCGCUAGAGCCUGCCUUUCCACCGCUUCCUCCUCUGGAAAAGAAGAACCCUGACCCCCCACGCAGGAGGUAAAGCCUGUUCGGAGCUCCGGACAUCUGCAACCCGGAGAUUACUGGUCAUCGGCGUCUUCGGGCCGGUGAGCAAGCCGAGGGGAGCCAGAGGGAUGGGGAGCGGCGCUGGGCUCAGGGGCUGGGCUGAGCGGCGGCCGGUGCUCUUUCCCUUGCUGCUGCUGUCUUUGUUGUGCCCGGCGCUGUCGGAGCCGAUCCGCUACACGAUUCCCGAGGAAAUGCCCGAGGGCUCGGUGGUGGGGAACCUCGCCAAGGACCUGGGACUCAGUGUCCGCGAGUUACCGACUCGAAAACUGCGCGUCGGUUCUGAGAAGCCUUACUUCAUUGUGAGCGCAGAGCGCGGGGAGUUACUUGUGAGCAGCAGGCUGGACCGGGAGCAGAUGUGCGGGAAGAAGCCAGUUUGUGCUCUGGAAUUUGAGGUGGUUGCUGAAAAUCCGUUGAACUUUUACCACGUGAGCGUGGAGAUCGAAGAUGUUAAUGACCACACCCCCAAAUUCCCGCAAAGUUCCUUUGAGUUGCAAAUUAGUGAGUCCACAAAGCCUGAGGCACGAUUUAUCUUAGGAUCUGCCCAAGAUGCAGAUAUUGGUACCAACUCACUACAGAAUUACCAGCUAAGUCCCAGUGAUCAUUUCUUACUCGUGAAUAAGGAAAAAUUAGAUGGUAGUAAAUACCCUGAGCUAGUACUGAAGAUGCCUUUAGACCGGGAGGAGCAGAAGUCCUACCACUUGACCUUGACUGCCCUGGACUGCGGGCAUCCACCCCUAAGCAGCACUGCACAGAUACAAGUCCUAGUGACUGAUGCCAAUGAUAACCCUCCAGUGUUCAGCCAAGAGGUCUACAGGGUGAGCCUACUGGAAAACGUGUUCCCAGGCACCACUGUGAUUCGAGUGAUGGCCACUGACCAGGACGAGGGUGUCAAUGCUGAGAUCACCUUCUCUUUCACUGAAGCAGGCCAGAUUACCCAGUUUGACCUGAAUUCUACUACUGGGGAAAUUAUUACUCGACAUAUGUUAGAUUUUGAGGAAGUCAAAGAGUAUUCGAUAGUUUUGGAAGCUAGGGAUGGUGGUGGAAUGAUUGCCCAAUGUACCGUGGAGAUAGAAGUCCUAGACGUAAAUGAUAAUAUCCCAGAAGUGUUAUUCCAGUCUCUACCAGAUCUUAUCAUGGAGGACACCAGGCUCGGAACAUAUAUUGCUUUACUUAAAAUCCGUGACAAGGAUUCUGGAGAUAAUGGAGAAGUAACUUGUAAAUUAGAAGGUGAUGUUCCGUUUAAAUUGCUAACUUCUUCAAGAAACACUUAUAAAUUAGUAACAGAUCAAGUUCUAGACCGGGAGCAGAUCCCUGAAUACAAUGUUACCAUAACAGCCACCGACAAGGGCAAGCCACCCCUCUCCUCCAGCACCACCAUCACAGUACACAUUGGAGAUGUCAAUGACAACGCCCCGGUUUUCCAACAGUCCGCCUACCUGGUUCACGUGCCAGAAAACAACCCGCCUGGGGCCUCCAUUGCUCAGGUCAGCGCCUCCGAUCCCGACCUGGGACCCAACGGCCAAGUCUCCUACUCCAUCGUGGCCAGUGACCUGGAGCCACAGGCGCUGUCGUCCUACGUGUCCGUGAACCCGCAGAGCGGUGUGGUGUUCGCGCAGCGCGCCUUCGACCACGAACAGCUGCGCGCCUUCCAACUGACGCUGCAGGCUCGCGACCAGGGCUCGCCGGUGCUCAGCGCCAACAUCAGCCUGCGCGUGUUGGUGACCGACCGCAACGACAACCCGCCAAGGGUGCUUUACCCUGCGCUGGGGCCCGACAGCUCUGCGCUCUUCGACACAGUGCCGCGCGCCGCGCAGCCCGGCUACCUGGUCACCAAGGUGGUGGCGGUGGACGCCGACUCGGGACACAAUGCCUGGCUAUCCUACCACGUGCUGCAGGCCAGCGAGCCUGGACUGUUCAGCUUGGGGCUGCGCACGGGGGAGGUGCGCACAGCGCGUGCUUUGGGUGAAAGGGACGCUGUCCGUCAGCGCCUGCUGGUCGCUGUGCGCGAUGGGGGACAGCCGCCCCUCUCGGCCACUGCCACGCUGCUCCUGGUCUUCGCCGACAGUCCUCAAGAGGUACUGCCAGACCUCAGUGACCGCCUCACACCCUCUGACCCCCAGGCUGAGCUGCAGUUUUAUCUGGUGGUGGCCUUGGCCUUGAUCUCCGUGCUCUUCCUCUUGGCGGUGAUUCUGGCGGUAGCCCUGCGCCUUCGACGCUCCUCCAGCCACACCACCUGGAGUUGCUUUGAGCCGGGUCUCUGUACUAAGACUGGACCUGUGGUCCCUCCCAACUACAGCCAGGGAACAUUGCCCUAUUCCUACAAUCUGUGCGUUGCCCAAGCUGGAAAGACAGAGUUUAAUUUUCUAAAAUGUAAGGAACAGUUGAGCUCAGGACAAGAUAUACUUUGUGGUGAUUCAUCUGGGGCCUUAUUUCCACUUUGUAAUUCCAAUGAGUCGACUUCCCAUCAGGUGAGUUUCCUUUAAGCAUAACUUGCUCCUUAUGGCCUACCCAGUUCUCCAUACUCACAGGGAAACAUGCAAUUUUCAAAUCUAAAAGUUGUGUUAAGAAAACUGUAGCAAGUCAAAAAGCUGUCAUAUCAUUGUUCAAGGGAUAUUGAAAUCAGAGCAAUAAUGUGUCUUUCAGGGAUGUCUUAUCAGGCUCAGAAAGGAAGCAGCAAGGGUGUGAUUUUGUCUACAAAGGAAAAUAUUGGGCAAUGGGAUAGGAUCUCUCAUAAAAGCUUAUGAGAUUUUUUCCUAAAUGUUCCUUCCUGUCACUUAGUAGGUGUUUUUUCUUAGCUUGGACAUAUUGUAAAUGUAAAAGUAGGCAGUCAUUUAAAUAAGUCUUUAGAGCAAAAGUAAGCUAAAAUUCUCUAUUUUCUUAACUGAUUUAACUUGUGGUUUCCAUACUAAUCUGAUGUUUUCUCACGUAUUUACUUCCCUUUUAUUUCCAAAGCACCUAGAACACUGUAUCUUACCCUGGAUUUUUAUGUAGAUGAGCCCAUUGUAACUCUAUGCAAUGUAUUGUGUGUGUAAAAUCCUUUGGUUUAGCAGUAGGUCCAUUGUGCUCACCAGAAGACAAAAGCAUGUUCUCCCUACUUGCAGCAUAGGUUUUUGUAGCUUAAUUUGUAUUGAAGCUCAUUCUGUAGACUCUUUCGUCAAACAAAAAAGUGUUUUGAACUGUGGGUUUUUUUUGCAACUUAAAUAUAGCUAGAUGUCUUCUAGUUAUUAUAUUAUCUCUAGGAGAAAAAGAGUUGAAUCCCUCAAAUUCUACACAAAAUGGCUAAUCUGAUGUGUAAACAAGUAUAUACACAUGGUCAUACAUCUUUUCAGCCUUUUGCUAGAUUUCCCUUAGCUUCCCCUUUACAUACUUCUGAAGACACAUUUGUUUGUAUCAGCACUCUUUAAAUUUACUUUAUUUUAUUGUUGUUCAAGUACAGUUUUCUGCCUUUUCCCGGCCCCUUCCCCCCACCCCAGCCAUCCCCACCUCCCUCCCCUGAGUCCACACCCCCCCUUGGUUUUGUCCAUGUGUCCUUUAUAGUUGUUUCUAUGUUUGGCACUUUCUGACUCCUUGGUGAUAAUUAUGUGUUCCUCAUUUUUUCUAGUUCUUUUGAUCAAAGUACCCAUAAAGGUACAAGUAACUUUAGACAUAUGUCUCCCUUAAGAAUUUAAUUAAGUCUCUCACUGGUGGAAGAAUGGAUUGGAGACUUCGUUUUAAAUUCAUUUGUACCUUUCAAGUGUCCUGAAAUAGAAAAAGUAUAAAUAAUAAAACAGGAAAACCAUAUAAUCUCUGAUAAAACUAGAAAGUACAAUAACUUAACCUGUUGAGAUUUUAUAAUAUUAAUUUGAAAUAUUACCAAUGUGACAUUUUAAAUGAAAAUUAAAAAG